AUGGAAAGGGAAAGUGGUUAUCAUGGAACUGAGGGUGAAGCCACUUAUGUUCCUGUUGAGGCUGAAGUGGAACAACCUAUUCAGGGUGGUAUGAGAAGAGAGCAGGAGUACUUAACUGGUAUGCAGAAAAUGGAAAAAGGCUGUACUACCAAACCAGAAGAAGCAGAGGGCUGGGUAAGAAGAAUGGAAUCGAUAUUUGCAGUGAUGGGUACAGCAGAAGACCAGAAGGUAAACUUAGCUACAUUUAUGUUCAAAAAUGAAGCUAGUUAUUGGUGGGACACGAAAAAACAUUUGUUGCUCACUUCAGGAGAGAAAGAGGUGAUAUUCUGGAAUCCAUUUGUUAAAGCUUUUUAUGAGAAAUAUUUACCUCCCAUUUACAGAAAAGAGAAGGAACGGGAGUUUAUUCUCUUAAAACAAGAUAGAAUGUCUGUAAUUGAUUAUGAAGUUAAGUUUAUUGCUUUAUCGAGGUUUGCACCCAAGUUUGUACAGAAUGAAGAAGAUAAAUGUAUAAAAUUCCAGGAUGGUUUAGAGGCGGCUAUUAAGUCCAGAGUUUCAGUGUUUGAGGAAACAGAUUACAACAGACUUGUGAAUAAAGUCAUGAUUACCGAAAGGGAUGUGAAAGAAUUGCAAGAAAGAAGGGAACAAUACAAAAGAAAUAGAUCUGAGCCAUCACAAUCAAGAGGGGGUGAAGGAAUUUCAAGUAGCUUUGGAGGACGUGGUACUGGCACGGGGUGUUUUCAGUGUGGAAGGGAAGGUCACCAGAAGAAAGAUUGUCCUGUUUUGAAAGUAGAAGAGUGCUAUCAUUGCCAUCAGCCAGGUCAUCGGAAGAGAGAUUAUCCUAUGUUGACAGGAGUGACCUCAGUGGGUAGUGUUGUUGGUUCUGGUAAAGUUUUUCCACAGGGGAGCUCGUCAAAAGGAGGUAGGGGAGUUAUAAGUGGUUCGCAAGCCUAG